UUCGUUUGCAUGGCUAGCUGAUAAUUCCAACAAUGGAAACCGAAAACGAAAGCACAAUAGGGCCAAACUGGCUUGACCUUCCGAGAGAUCUGACAGCAAACAUCCUUCACAGACUUGGUACUGAUGAAAUUCUGUCAAGUGCAUGCCAAGUGUGCUCGCUAUGGUGGAACAUUAGCAAGGAUCCUCUCAUGUGGCGCACCAUUAAAAUGGGUAAUCGUCAUACAUCUUAUGAUGAUGCAUAUUUGGAGAAGAUUUGUUACAACGCUGUGAACCGAAGUUGCGAUCAUCUUGAAGAAAUUGAUAUUGAGUGUUUUGGCACCGAUAGUCUCCUUGAAUGCAUAGCAAACAACGGCAGUCACCUACAUUCCAUGCGGUUGAUAGAUUGCUGGAGUAUUUCAGAUGAAGGAUUUAGUGAAGCUGUGAGAAAGCUUCCGCAGUUAGAGACGGUUGAUAUUUCACUUACCAACUUACAUGAAGACUCUCUCGAAGUCCUUGGUCGAUCUUGCCCUCUUUUGAAGUCACUUCAAUAUUGUAUAACAGGGCCGUUAACAUAUCGAAAGUCUAAUGCUAUAGCUUUUGUUAUCGCGGAAACUAUGUCUGGAUUAUGCGAUCUUGACAUAGAAGGACACGGGAUCUCUGAUGUUGGGUUGAUUGCCAUUCUUGAUAAAUGUCCUCUUCUUAAAUAUCUUGACACUCGGAGAUGUCUAAAUCUCAUAUUGAGCGAAAGUUUGGAGAAAAGGUGCAUUGAUCAGUUCGAUACGAUGGUUCUUCCAGCUCCAGUUGAUUAUUAUCUCAAUCCUUAUUGGUACGAAUAUGCAACAUCAGAUGAUGAGUAUUAAGAUACUUAUUGGGUCUAUACAACAUCAGAUUUUAAUGAUCCUUAAAGAUAACUAUCAUCCUUAUUAUAUACCGUUGAUUUUCUGGCAAUGUACCUUCAAUUGGAAGUUCUAAUUGUGAUCUAGAGCAACUUAAUGUCAUGGUUUUGCUUUAACUAGUUUACUUGUAUUUCCCUGAUAAUUUUAGAGUCAUUCUCCGAAAUUGUAUAAGACUGAACGUUGUCUUCUGCCUGGGUUGUCAUGGAAUUCCUAUCAUAAGUCAUAGAUAGAAUAAUUGAUACUUCUUUUA